GUCCAACGUGGGAGCUAUACGGACGAUCCGCACACAGAGAGAGAGAGAGAGAAAAAAGGAAAAGUAACUCAAGAAAGGAAAAAACUCAUGGUGGUGGUACACGAUCGGAAGGAGGAGGGGGGGACUCUUAUUUUUGCUAUUAAUCGGAUCGUCCGAGAUUUUGUGACCGCAGACUGCACCUGAUAAGCUGCCGGUUGAGUUCGGAUCUGGGACUGUGUGUGUGUGUGUUUCAAAGUUGGAUUUAUGCGACUACAGCAAGUGAAGUGCUGCUGGAGAGAUUUUGGACGAUUCGGCUUUCAGAGAUCUGGAGUUUUUUCGACACUAUUCCUACCUUCAACUUUGUAGUGGACAUUUUUAUAUAACACCAUCAGAAGUUAAAGUUUUAAAACAGUUUUUGCUGCUGCACCUUUUGUUAUUUUGAGAGUGUCCUUUAACAAUCUGCUGUUGCAUGUUUCCCCAAACAUGUCACCAAAUAAAAGCAGUUAUCCUAUGGAGAAAGUACUUUUAAACCUUUUAUGAACACACUCUUUCUACUUAAAUCUAAGUUAAAAGUGCUACAUACAAGUUUUUACUGGUUAAACUGUGAAUCACCUUUGAUUUUUUUGGAGCCCGCGUCCGUCGGACACCACAGAGGAGAGAAAGUUGUUGGGACUAACUGGGAACAACUUGUGUCCCUAAAUGACUGUUACUGGGGAUGGAAAACGUUCACAGCUCUUUAUGCACAAGAAGAACAAUUAAUGUGCUCUAAAAGACACUCAGUGCCUCCGAAGCGACAUUAAUAUUCCAGUUUUCGUGUGUGGAGGUGCGAGGAGAGGAGAGGAGAGGACAGGAGAGCUCUAUCUAUUAAAACUGGAUACAAAAUGGCGGCGUCCCCGGGACGGUUUGGAUAUGUUUCUCGGUGUGUUUUUUAUUUAAUGUUGUCGUCUGUCAGUUAUGGAGCGAGCUCAGACUCACCGUGUGCCCAGAACUGUACCUGCAACGGGGACUCGGUGGACUGUAGUAACCUGGAGCUGACAGCAACGCCUCUGGACCUUCCUGUCCGGACUGUUUCCUUAAAUCUUGGCCACAACAAGCUGACCACCAUCAACGUUGAAGCUUUUGAAAACCUUCCCAACUUGAGAGAGCUGCGGCUGGACCACAAUGAGCUGACUUCCAUACCAGAUUUAGGACAGGCUGCUCCCAAGAUUGUAUCUCUCUACCUACAUCACAAUAAGAUUCGGAGUAUAGACGGGAGGCGGACCAGAGAGCUGGCUUCUGUGGAAACCCUGGACCUGAGCAAUAACGACAUCACGGAGCUGCGAGGGCACUGCUUUCCCGCAGGACUCCAAAUUAGAGACCUGUACCUGAGCAACAACAAGAUCAGCGCGCUGGAGCUCGGAGCUCUGGACCAUCUGGGCUCGACUCUCCAGGUCCUGAGACUGAGCCGAAACCGCAUCAGCCAGAUCCCCGUGAAAGCCUUCCAGCUCCCGAGGCUCACCCAGCUUGAGCUGAACAGAAACCGUAUCCGUCAGGUGGAGGGUCUGACCUUCCAGGGUCUGUCCAGCCUGGAGGUCCUCAAGCUGCAGAGAAACAGCAUCAGCAAACUCACCGACGGGGCCUUCUGGGACCUGGCCAAGAUGAAAGUCCUUCACCUGGACUACAACAGCCUAACGGAGGUGAACAGCGGCUCCCUGUACGGCCUGACCUCCCUUCAGCAGCUGUUCCUCAGUAACAACUCUAUAGCUCGCAUCAACCCUGAUGGAUGGAAGUUCUGCCAGAAGCUGAGGGAACUGAAUCUGUCGUACAAUAACUUGACUCGUCUGGAUGAAGGCAGCCUGGCCGUGCUGGGGGAACUCCACUCUCUCCGUCUGGGCCACAACUCCAUCAGCCACAUCGCCGAGGGAGCGUUCAGAGGCCUCAAGGCCGUACGCAUCCUGGAGCUGGACCAUAAUGACAUCUCUGGCACAAUAGAGGACACCAACGGGGCCUUCUCUGGAUUGGACAGCCUCAAGUUGCUGACUCUGUUUGGAAACAAGAUCAAGUCGGUGGCCAAGAAAGCCUUCUCUGGCCUGGAGACCCUGGAACACCUGAACUUGGGAGAGAAUACUAUUCGUUCCAUCCAGCCCGACGCCUUCAGUAGAAUGAGGAACCUCAAAACCCUUCUCAUUCAGAGCGACAGCUUCCUGUGCGACUGCCAGCUCCAAUGGCUGCCCGACUGGUUGGUGACACGCGGUCAGCAGGCCGGCAUCAACGCCACCUGCGCCCACCCGGAGAGCCUGAAGGGCACCAGCAUCUUCCAGGCUCCGUCCAACAGCUUUGUGUGCGACGACCUUCCAAAGCCUCAAAUCACCGUACAGCCAGAAACGUCGGUGACGGUCCUCGGCAGCGACGUGCGUCUCACCUGUACGGCCGCGAGCAGCAGCUCCUCCCCCAUGACCUUCGCGUGGCGUAAGGACCAAGAGCUGCUUCGCCACGCCGAGACGGAGAACUAUGCCCAUGUGCGCGCUCACCACCAAGGCGCGACGUCUGAUGUGCCGAGUGCAGGCGGAGGCGUGAUGGAGUACACCACCAUCCUGCACCUGCGGCACGUCACCUUCGCCCACGAGGGCCGCUACCAGUGCAUCAUAACCAACCACUUCGGCUCCACCUACUCCAGCAAGGCCCGCCUCAUCGUCAACGUCCUUCCGUCCUUCGUGAAGACCCCCAGGGACAGCACCAUCAGGACGGGCCACACCGCGAGGUUGGAGUGCGCCGCCGAGGGCCACCCGACUCCGCAGAUCGCCUGGCAGAAGGACGGCGGCACGGAUUUCCCCGCCGCCCGGGAGCGCCGGAUGCACGUCAUGCCCGACGACGAUGUGUUCUUCAUCAUGGACGUCAAGCCGGAGGACAUGGGCGUGUACAGCUGCACCGCCAAAAACACAGCGGGCACCGUCUCUGCCAAUGCCACCCUCACAGUGCUGGAAACACCCCACCUGGCCCAGGAGCUGGAGGACCGCAGCGUGGUGGUCGGGGACACGGUGGCCCUGCAGUGCAAGGCGCUGGGCAGCCCGCCGCCCCGCAUCACCUGGCUGCGCAACGACCAGCAGCUGCGCCCCUCUGACAGGCACCACUUCACCCCGGGGAACCAGCUGCUCGUCAUCGGCUCCGCCUCGCUGGAGGACGCCGGCCGCUACACCUGCCUCAUGUCCAACACCCUGGGCACGGAGCGCGCUCACAGCCAGCUGGUGGUCACGCAGCGCCGCAGCCCCUGCGCGGCGCCGUCGGGGCCGAGCACGGUCACAAUAGGGAUCAUAGUCAUCGCCGUGGUGACGAGUAUCGUGGUGACGUCGCUGGUGUGGGUGUGCAUCAUCUACCAGACCAGGAAGAAGAGCGAGGAGUGCAGUGUCACCAACACAGAUGAGACGAUAGUUCCUCCAGACGUACCCAGCUACCUCUCCUCCCAGGGCACGCUGUCGGAGCGGCAGGAUGUGUGUAUCCGCGUGGAGGCCGGCGGUGGACCUCAGCCCAACGGACACAUCGUAGACUCCACAGGUUUCGACGGCGCAGUAGUGUGUACGGACUGCAUGGAGAACGGCAGCAGCUACUCCAAAGAUUCGGACUACCUGACGCACGGGUUCGGCCACGCUGGAGGCUCGGAGUACCAACUUCCCCCGCCAUACUCUCACUGUCAUCCAGGGGAGCUGCAUGAGGUGGGGCCGCACGUGACUCCGCUCUGCAAUGGGACGCCCAACGGGAUCCGAAAGGACAUUCAAGGAUCCACGUUUCCAAAAAACCACAAUACGUUACAGCAACACGAUAGAAAAGCGAGCAGAGCGGGACAGACGCCGGCGCGCUCCCCGUCAGAGGAGGACUCCUUCCACAAGCCGGUGAAACUGGCCGGCGUGACGAGCCGCCUCGACAGUGACUGCGAGCCCGAGCUCAGACAGACUCUGCUGUCCAACGGACACACCCUCAGAGCCUCUCAGAGUGAGAGCACCCCCCUAAGGAGAGCCAGCGACUAGCAGGCGCUCCGUCCAGCCCAAAAAGCGGACUCGCAGUAGCUGAGUGGACUUUAAAUUUUUUUUUUGCACUGGGAAAUAAACUGCUACCUCAAUAUCGAGGCGAUUGAUCCUGAGCCUCCUGGAUCUGGACUGAGAUGGAGCACCAGGAGGGUGAAAGGCAAAGGGGGGGGCAUCCGGAGUUUGAAGGUGGAGCUUGUGUGGGUGGCGUCCCAUCUGAGCGUUAUCAGCUGUACAUAGUUUAAAAACCUUCCUCUGGGAGGUGACCAAUACAAAUUCUAGCUCCAAAAAAUGUGACUUGCAUUUGAAGCAUGUAAAUGUAGGGAAUCUUGUACAGUGUAUGUAUGUGCAGGGGGAAAAAAAAGAGAAAUAUACCUUUGGACAUUUGACUGUACAUAAGAGUUUUCUUAUAUUAUAUAUUAUAUAACUUUUACAAAAAAGAGUAUUUGAAUUUAUGUGCAUGACAAAGAAAGGAGUGAUGGUAUUUUUAUUUUUCUUCAAAAAAACAGCCUUUUUCAGCUUUUACCAACGUUCAGCUGCGGUGCCUUAAUGCAUGAUCAAAGAAAACUCAACUUGUAAUAGCAUUAUAUCCAGAGACGUUUUUGUGAGAGAUACUGGUACACUCUUUAUAGCAAACAAAACAAAACAAAAACACUUGAUUGCA